AUGUCGUACAGCAACGCUUCCUACGCCUUCGUAUCACGUACGGCUUCCGAUACCAUGGACUACAGACCGGAGAACUGCCUUCAAAGCACCUCGUACUCGUGCUACAGAAUGCCACGCCUCUUCCUUCCCGGCGCAGAGGCCCUCCAAUGGACACGCCCGAGCCGUAAUGGUUGCGUGGAAAAAGACGAAAAGUCUUACUGGAUGUGUUGGCUUACCGUCAUGCACUCCGCGUCAAAAAGGCUUACCCCUCUUCCCUGUCAUGACCUGCUGUUCACCCUGUUUUCAUCAUCCGGGCUCCCUCUUGGUACCGUUGUUACUCAUCUGAUCACCCCUGAUGAUGAAAUGUCUACGCUGACUACAUUGAAAUACUCUAUAACUAGCAAAUGCUCAACUAUGGAUAUCACGGCGUCGAACUCCCAGAUUCCUUCCAGUCAGUAA